AUGAGCUCCUCUGUCUUCGCGUAAGUUUCCAUCUCUUCGGAUCACGCUUCGACUCUCUGCACUUUUAGCCUUCUCUUCGCCGGACUCGCUCUCUCUUCCGCCCAAGUGGCCGUCAACGGUCCGUUCCUCGGAAGAUACUACGUGGCGGCGAAGCCAGUGCUCGCGCCAGGAGUUGCUCCACUCGCUGCUCCGGUUGUCGCCGCACCAGCACCUCUUCUCGCUCCACCAGCUCCGGUGCUCGCCGCUGCUCCAGCGUUCGCUGCUCCGGCUCCAGUGCUUGCCGCUCCACGACCAGUACUUGCUGCACCGGCUCUCGCGCCGGCCUUUGCCCCUGCUCCAGUUGUCGCUGCUGCUCCAGCGUUCGCUCCGGCUCCAGUCGCUCCACUUCUGGCGCCAAGACCUGUGCUCGCCGCCCCAGCGUUCGCCGCUCCGGUUGGUCCAGUGCUCGCCGCUCCACGACCAGUGCUUGCUGCUCCGGCUCUUGCCCCGGCCUUAGCACCGGCUCCAGCGUUCGCUCCAGCAUUCGCUCCGGCUCCAGUUGCUCCACUCCUUGCUCCAAGACCAAUGCUCGCCGCCCCGGCUCUUCCAGCCAUCCCAGCUUACGCUCCGUUCGCCCGCUCCGCUUUCCUCAUCGGAGGAAACAAGGCGAAGAGCAUCAAGGCUUAA